AUGAGACCAGUAACAGGGAAAUCAAUAUCACCAGCUAUCGAUUGUGUGGGACUCCGUAACAAUCGACCACCUAAUAUGGACAAUAGCAACAAUGACAAUAAAACCCGAGUAUUUAGUAUCCAACUACCACCCAGUGAAGAUUUUAAAUUUGGCCCAGGAAAUAAAUACGUUGUUUGUUUGGAGGACAUUCGAGGCUUCCGUGCAAUCGAAUCAGAUGAAAUGUCCUUUGUAGUACCCAAAACUGAAGAUUGUUUUGUUGACUGUUGUUCAACAGCUUUUUGUGUUGGUUUUUGGAGCCAUGAAUGUCGUUGUCGUUGUUUACGCUUUUGUACUUAUGGUUUCAAUAAUUUAUGUUCCAUUUCGCGUUGA